AUGAGUCCUCCACAGAAAUGCGCUGCCAUCGUGGUCGGAGCCGGUCCAGCUGGAUUAGCUGUCGUUGGAAACCUCCUCGAGAAGCAAUUAGGCAAGAUCGUCUGGGUCGACCCGUCCUUUCAGGCAGGUCGUGUACAUAGCAAAUAUCGUGAGGUUCCAAGCAACACCAAAGUAGCUCUGUUCCAAGCAUAUGCAACGGCAACCCAGCCCUUUCGGUCUGUUAUCAGCAGCACUCGUAUUCCCAAUGCUUUCACAACCAUGGCCAAGCUCGACCAGGACAAGACAUGCCAUCUGCACCACGCUGCAGAUGUCGUUCGAGCUCUGACUGAUGGCCUUGUAAAGAUGGAGCAAAUAUACGCCUGCCGCGGCCAUGUCACUGCUGCCAAUCUAGAUCACACUCUUUCAUGGACAGUCCGAAUCAAAGGCCGAGACGCCCAAGACGAGGUCGAAGUCUCAGCAACUCGCCUCAUCCUCUGCACAGGCUCCUCUCCAGCAACCGUCCCAGUCCCCAUUACAGAUGGCAGCUUCAAACGCCUAGAUCUCGAUACCGUCCUCAAACCUAGCGAGCUGGCCUCGGCCAUUUUCUCAUCCCCAACAACUGUCGCCGUAGUCGGCGCAUCCCACAGCGCCAUCCUCGCCCUUCUUAAUCUCUACGACCUGGCCCGCACAUCGCACCCGGGCCUUCGCAUCAAAUGGUUCACUCGCCAUCCCCUGCGCUACGCUGAGUAUAUGGACGGCUGGAUCCUGCGUGACAACACAGGGCUAAAGGGCCGCGCCGCAGAUUUCGCCCGUGCCCAGUUGGAGGAUUCUGUCCUACCCACAUCCACCGCCGGCCGCUUCAUCACAAAGAUUGACUGCGCCGGCGGACCCGAGAAAGAAGCAGCCCAGUACCAACGCCAUCUACUCGACUGCUCAUACCUCAUCCAAGCAGUUGGGUAUACCCGCGAUCCGCUCCCUGAGCUCUCAAUCGCCGGUUUGGCAUUAGAGUCCGAGGAUCUCAAGUGGGAUUCGAGCUUCGGCGGCUUCACAGACAGGAACGGACGAGUUAUUCCCGGUCUGCAUGGUGCGGGAAUCGCGUUCCCAGAGCGGGUUGUUGAUCCUUAUGGGAAUGUAGAGCAUGCCGUGGGGUUCUUCAAGUUCAUGAAGUUCCUCAAGAGGGUAACGCCGCAGUGGUAG